AUUUCGUUUACUGAUGCGUUAAAGCGAACAUUCUCGCGAAUAAAAUUUGUUGAGUUAAUAAUUCGUGGAAUUUUUCGAAAUGUUUCAAAAAAUUAAAUUAUCGAAGGAUAUUUAUCGAUGGUAUCUCUUUGUUAAUUCGUUAUUAUGUUCGUUUGGUUCUUCUUUUCCUUUUUUUUGAAAGAACGACUAACAAAAAUAUAGUGCAGCCAUCGACAAUUGCUCUUGAAAAACAUGAGGAAAUUCCGUUAGAUAUCGCUAAGGAAAAGGAAAUAGUUCUUAGAUAAAAAAAAUCAGUUAGGAAAAAAGAAAAAAAAAGGACGUAGAAUAGAAUGUUCUAUGUGGUUUGAAAUUACACAAAGACAUAUAAAAGGGUUUGCAAUCGUGUUCAUAACCACAACAGUUGAUCGAAAUUCUAGAGACCGACCAGUCUCUUAUUUUACUUUUCAAAGUCGGAAAAUCGAUCAUCGAUUAUUUCAAGUAAUCAUGAAGAUUUUCGUGAUCGUCUUUAUCUUCAUUCUUAUUACUUACGUUUCGGCGUUCUUUAUAUUGGAUACCUUUGAAUCUCUAGGCGAUUCGGGUCCAUCUACGGGUUUGGAACAUCAAACUCAUGCUGCUUUUGAACGAUCAAACGAUUUUUGGUGUUAUCAGUGCAAUAAUUCCAUUGAGGGAGAGUCCUGUUUCAAUGUUUCCAGUAAUGCCAGUUCCAUAAUUAAAAAGUGUUCGGAAGAUGAAAGAAUUUGCAUGGUGAUACAAUAUCCUUACUAUCCUGAAAUAUUCUCGGUGGAAAGAAUGUGCACGAGUACAUGUAAUCCGGGUUGCUACGAAAUCGGUGAAGUAACGAAAGCUUACGCUUGCAUUACUUGUUGUGAUAAAUCUUUGUGCAAUACCGGAACCGGAACUGCCAACGAUCUUACGAUGAAAGAAAUCAACUUCGUUUUUGCUCUUAUACUUCAAAUCAUUUUAACAAUGUAUUCGCCGUGACAUUAUCGAUAAAAUAUUAUAAAACAUUAAGUUUCA